AUGCCUUUCAGGCAAAAGCGAAUAGAUACCUUCAAUAUACCUGAUGCUAUUAGUUCUAUGCGAGGCAUUCUACAUGAGAUAGAUUUCAUGGUGUAUGAAGGACAAGCUUGGCUAGACUUCUACAAUGUUCUGAAAAAAGUUUAUGAAAAUGAUGCAGUAAAGCGUGUUGAACGGCUUUGUUUCGUCAUUAUCGCCAUGGAAAGAGCAAUACUGUUAGUCUGCGAAAGAAAAACUAACAGUAUCUUCGUUUUUGAUUCGCAUGCUCAUGAGCGUGGAACAUCGGGUGCUUUCAUAUCAGCAACCAAGUUUUCAAACCUCCUACAAUUCUCCAUGCAUUUAUUUUCCCUGUUUUUCCCUGAUGUGGUCACUCGAGGACAGUCCCAAAAGUUUGAAAUUUCGUGCAUUCAAUUGAACAAUUCUGAUAAAAUCACUGAAAAGAUUUUCCCAAGAAAGUUUGGAAUUUUGAAACAAAAAGUUGCAUCACAAAAGCCAAAGAACUUCUAA